AUGAUCUCUCCGAUACAUGCAAACUCAUUAACGAGUUCUUUGACUUGCUUCAGGAAUUCGGGAAUGGCAGCUCCUUCGUCCAUCCUCAGGUUGGAAAGUUUUUGCCGAAGUAGAAGCUUUCUGGAGUUGGAUCUGCUGGCGUAUAAGUCCUUCAAAACUUUCCAACAUUCGUCAGGCUCUGUAAUGUUAGCAAUUUGUCAAGUGAGUGACUCGGUUCCUGCUAGGGUGUCAAACAAUGUGAGACCUCGUUGA